CUGGCUGUAUGCAGGCUCUCGCGUGUGCACGCGACCUCGUAUACGCGAUACCGAUACAUGCAAGACGGUCUAAGAAGAUAUCGCUAAGUGGCCGCCGAUAUACGGAACGACAGAUCAGUUUAAGACCACCUGCUCCGGAAGGUGGAACUCCUUUGUAGAGAAAUCGCUUAUCGCGGAUUUAAUCCAAUCGCCGGCUUGACGCUAAGAACAGCUGAGAAGGUCUUGUUGUAGGUCUGAAAGAAAUGGAUCGCGUUAAAAGAAAGCGAAAGAAGGCUGGUGGUGAAAAGAAAGUGCUGCUAUCCAUCGUCGAUCCUUGGGACGUGAAGGUGGCCAGUGUUGAUCCGAUCGGACUGGCCGAACGACGGGGCGUCUCCCUGUCCGUCUUACCCUCUAAUCAGGACGAGGGUGCCAGCCCGGCCUUAGGCAGGUCCCUCAAGAUACCGUCACCCUGGUACAAACCUGGUACCGGCUCCUCCGAUCACGUCAGCUCCGCCAAAUCCGAGAAAUCGCCGUUGAUCAAUCCCAUCUGGCUGGAUCCUCGGUACCCAUCACGAAGGUCACCCGUCAACGGAACUGACGAUUCCCCGUCACCGAAUCCAUCCAAGAAAAGAUCGCGAGAUAACGGACAGAGAACCGGCGAGACAAGGCACGGCGACGAGGCGGGCGAGGUCGACAAUGAAUUAAUCAAGGCUCCGCAGGAAAUUAGCCGCGACGGUUUCGAUGAUGUGGACGGUACAGCGGCGGUGCGAGUGCGUUUCGAGAUCGACGGAGCGGAGCCGAAGCGGAAUGGAGUGCGAUGUGAGAACGGACGGGAUGUCGUCGACGGUGCGCCGCGAGUGUUGACGAAAAAUCAGAGCGCGAACGAUAAUUCGAGGCCCGAGCAACGCGAACGGCGACCGAUCGCGGGCGGAGUGAAUGCGGAAAAGAGGCAGGAGAGUACCUCGCGGCGAACGGACCGUGACGUGGAGGUCGGGAAGAACGAGGAAGACGCGAAUGGCGAACGGGACUAUUCUCGGAUAAGCGGAGAGAAGCCAGCGAUUAUCGAAAUCGUUCAGUGCUUGGUGGAAUCCAGGUACAGUCCACAAACCACCGCGGCGGAGAGGAGAGCCAAAAGGAUGCCAUCAUGUCGUCGUCAAGAAACUUCGAAGGAAAUAGAUCCAGUGGACUUUCCAGGCAAGCCGAAUGAUAAUGCCAAUGCUGUUAUCAACGCAGUUAAACAAGAAAAUAAUCGAGAAACCGUCAAUGAGACGAGCACGGUGAAAGUAUUGCCGGAAGUGACAGCAUUACGCGCCACGAAUAUAAGGAAGACCAGCAUAUCUAUGCCCAGCAACCUCAACGAGAUGGACGAUCUUCGGAUAGACAGACAAAACGGUACUGCCUCGAAAUUUAGGAGGGCGGAGAGCGAGACGAGCAGCAGCGUAACUUUCAGUAACAGCGGCUCGACACCGAAUGGAAGUCCUCUGGGAUCCGAAACUGAAGAGGAAGCGAAUGACGAAGAGUUGGCCAAAGUGCCGUUGCAAGCUCCACCGCGAAGAAAAGGCAGAAUAGUGUCGCCCUCGGUUAAUGAAAAAAUGGGGAACGACACUACGGAACUUUCGGGUGUGCAGAGCGCGACUUCCACGAUAACCAGCGUGAAUAGCAUUAGCAGUCUUCUGAAGGAGAAACUACAGUUAUCGUUACCGCAGGCGUUACGUAGCAGUGCAAGACGUCAGAAUGCUGACUAUAGGCUUAAAGCAUUUGUUGGUAUCCUGUUCCUUUGCAUCGUCUUUCUCGUGGGAUUCGCUCACAUUUACUACACUCAGCACGUCUUGCAACGAGCUUAUUUUGAGAAAUUUAGAUUCAAUAAAAACGAAAGGGUGAUGAGAGUCUACAGCAGCACCGGGGCGGAGAUUAUCGCUGCUCGGCUUGGCGAGGGUAUCCCAUCGAACACGGGGGUGUAUCCUUGCCUCCCCCAUCAUCAGCGACAGGACUCGGUCUGCCUCGAGUGGCUGCAACAGACGCGGCUUUACCUCGAGCAUACGAAGCGCGAGGGUAUGCACUGCUACCACGUCACCUGGCAGAGCCUGAGUCCUUACUACAAUCCCAAGGACUGCUUCGACUGGUCCUCGAAAAGGGGUCAUUGGUACGGCGCCGGUCAAAUUCAAAACAUGGUGUAUCCGUUGGAACGCGGCCGCCUGGAACUGAGCCCCUUCAUCACGGGCGACGUGAGGAAACAUCCCUUCGGCAACGUGUUGAAGAGAUACUUCCUCAAUUCGAAGGGCGCUACGAUCCUGGUGGAUCCCGAGACGCCGCUUUACGUCUCCAUUAACGCCAAUCGUACCAGCGACUUUUGUCUGCAGGCAAAACACGACGCCUUUGCCUACAUCAAUCACUUGACUCCGCUACCUCAGCUUAACUACACUAUCUGCGCGACCGACAAUAUGAAGAGUCUGCAUUCCUCGAUGGCGGAGAAGUCCCUGUGGGACGGUCUGAAGCCCGAUGAGCUGCACGCCGUUCAUUCUCUUCUGUCCGAGCCGGUUUGGCAGAUCUCGCCCACCAAUGAGGCAGCUAUUUACAAUUAUACGGAAGACGUAAUCGCGCUGGGAUUCCUUCGCCAAGGGCACGUUCUGCUGAGCGAAGAAUGGCAGCCCAGCCCGGGUGAUUUCGUCCUAGACGAAGAACGAUUCCCCUCUAUGGAGGAGACUAUCAACAUCAUUCAUCGCAGAGGAUUUAGGAUAGUUUUCACUAUCCAGCCGUUUAUCUCUACGGAAUCCAUCAACUUCAAGGACGCUGUCGCUAACAGAUUAUUGAUCUCCGAGAGGGGAAGCGAUCCUAGAAUUCCGGCAUUGACAAGGUACAAGCAAAUUAACAGCGCCGGCGUGCUCGACAUCACGACCAACAAGACUUUGCCCUGGCUGCAAACAAAGCUCGAGAGUCUGAUCAUGAAAUAUCAUGUAGACUCGUUCUAUCUCGACUUGGGCACCGCCCAGGAUAUGCCGCACUACUACAAGUGCGAGCAGCCACUGACCAAUCCCGACCAUUACAAGACCAUCUUCACCCGCUCGAUACUGAGCACCAUACCCGUGAUCGGUGUCUCCAGCGCCAUUUCCAGGCCACGGGCACCCGUCUUCGUGUCCCUGCCUCCUUUCCCGUCGUCUUGGAAGGCCAUCAAGACCGUCAUUCCAACUGUCCUCAGCUACGGUAUGAUCGGCUAUCCGUUUAUCAUGCCAGGAGCGGUGGGCGGCGACGUAGCGCUUCCGAUGUCGGACAACAAUCCGGAUAACGACUACGAGGUAGAUCUGCCGGACAAGGAGCUCUACAUCCGCUGGCUGCAGCUGUCCACCUUCUUGCCCGUCAUCCGCUUCACCCAUCUGCCGAGCAAGUACUCGGACGAGUCGGUCCUGGAGAUCGCUAAAAGAUUAACUACCUUGCGACAGAAAACGGUCACGCCGUUACUGAAGAAGUACGCGAACGAAACUCUGGAUACCGGUCUGCCUAUCAUCAGGCCACUCUGGAUGCUGGAUCCGGCCGACCCGGCGUGCCACGUGGUGGUCGAUGAAUUUUCCGUGGGCGAGGAGUUGAUCGUGGCGCCGGUGCUCUAUUCCGGCAGCAGGCAGCGGGAGGUCUAUCUGCCGGCUGGGGUCUGGAGGGACGGCAUCGAUGGGAGUUUGAGGAAGGGCUCGAGAUGGAUACACAAUUACAGAGUAGCCGAGGAUAAGGUCGCGUAUUUCGUCAAGAUGCCGGACAACACGAGAUUCUGAGGCACGCGACGUCGCUUCGCCGUUUCGCGUCGCGACAUCGUGUCACGGUGCUGCUGAGGAAUCUCUGGAGAUCGAUGGAUUUUGAAACGACGAUCAUUCGGAUGUGAUCCCGCUUCGUGCGACGACACGGUUCGCUCGUAUGCCAAAUGAAUCAUCACGAGGAACGUGUGGUGCGAUCGAUUUGUCAGCACGACGAAUACCGACUGCUUAUCUACGAAUUUUUAUCGAGCCUUUAUUGAUAUGCAAGAUGAACUUGUUUUUCGGUAAAUUCCGAAAAUGCAGAAUCGUGCAUUAGCAAAUACAUGUCACUGCGUUUGACGAGAACUUUGCAAACGCGAUAUUCAAUGUGUUAAAUGAAUAUAUCUAAAAAAAAACUGCGAUUACAAUAAUUAAAUAUCCAACAUCGUGAUCUUUGACGGAGAGUGCAGAGCAGGAUUGUUACGUAGGGAUAAAUACUUAACGGCAUGUAAAGCUAUGAGAGAUUUACACGUGCAUUAGUCGAGCGUGCUAUUCAAUAUUCAACGAACAUAUCGAGAAGAUUUGAUUUACAAUAAAAGUAUCCAAUAUGUUACUGUAUUCUACGGGAUAUUGAGAUUAUUGUACCAUCAGUAUCAGUACCACAUUACAGCGCAUAUCAUAGACCAAAUAUCGAUACACAUAUCGAACGAGUAAGAAACAAGUGUAGAUUUAACUUAAGCUAUAUCAAUUAUAUUUAUUUUAUCUAACACAACAUGAUUUUAUACCUCUACCAAUUCUUUAGUGAGCUACUGGCGAAACUGGUUUAUAUUAUUUUUUUUACAUAUUUUUUAGCGAUAUGAAGAAAAAAAAUAAAGAAGUGAGUACAAUUGA